AUGAUGACUAUGAAGUUAAGUAUAUUUUAGUUCGAUAAAUUUUAAGAAUGUAUAUACUUCAAUUAAUAAAAAAUAGAGAAUAGUAAAAAGGAACUUUUGCUAGACCAUAAGUUUUAACUAAUUUAUUUCAAAUUUAUUAUCUUGAAUGGCUUGGAAAAUAUGAAGAAAAUUCUAAAAACGUAGGAAAAUGGACAGUUAUUUGGAAGGGAGAAUAAAUCAUAGAAGUGGGUGGAUAUUAAUGAGAGGUAAAAAAUUGGGAUUUGGAAAGAAAUAAUAAACAAUUAUUCUUCGUAAAUCAAUUUAUUUAAAUUAUAAAGAGAGACUCAAGUUUAUCAAAUUGGAUAAUACUUAGAUAAUUUGAAAAUAGGAAAAUGGAUAUAUAUUUUAAAGGAGAAUAUAAAAAUGGUAAAAAAGUUGGCAGAUGGGAUAUUUUCUAUAAAAAUCAUGUUGCAAAUUAUUAACUAAAGAUGUAUAUUUUAAAAAAAAGAAUUUUAGUGGUGGUGGAGUGGUGGUGGAUCAUUUGAUUAAUAGAAAUAGGGGUUUAAGAUUGGGAGUUGGAUUGAAUAGAAUGAUAUAAUUAAUUAAAGGAUGUAAAUCAUCUAAACUGGUUAAUAUCAUAAUGGUAAUAAAGUGGGUCAAUGGGUGGGGAUGGAUAUAAAGAAUAAUAAAAGUAGAAGUAUAACCAAUUAUGAUAAUUGAAAACUAUUAUCAUUAAAAAUAAGAUCAACUAAUAUAUUUUAAGAAUUUUAUUGUUAAUGUUAGAGGUUUGACUGUUUCAUGA